CGCGGCCCGCUCGGUUCGGUUCUCGAUCGAUCGCAGUACUCUGGCGUUUGGCUCCCGGGUGCGCCCCGGUUUCCCUCAAAACUCCCCCUAACCGGUUUGCCCGGGUGUGUUUGUGUGUGUCUACGUCGUGUAUGUUUUCGUUCGCUUCUGUGUCGCCGGGUUUUGUGCUUUCGACUUCUGGUGGCUCGAACUUCCUCGGGAGCUGCAUCAGUCCUAGAAACAAAAAAGAAAUUAAAAAAAAAACCGAUACAAAACAAGUCGCUCCCGUUCCGUGCACAAGAUCUCGAGUGCUCCGUGCCACUAACCGUCUGUGAACGUGGUGAUCAUUGGUGAUCGCGAUUUCCGUGCGGUUCCGUGUGAGGUGUGGUCCAGUUCCAGAUCGAACCCGUGUUCCGAUGAACCUCCCGCCUGGAGUGCAGACGGUUCCUUGACGAAGAAGAAUGAAAAUACGACGCAAUCGGCGGCCGGCAAACAGAAGAAGAUGCUCUCAUGGCAUUUCCCAACCUGCUCUAUAGGAUUGCUGAUUUGGUUCGGAUGUUUUUCCACGCUCGUUCAUGCAAAUAUCAUACAUAAUGUUCUGGGAGUGCCCGAUACCUGUGUUUACCAAAACCAGGUACGAUCGUGCCGUCUUUCAUUCACCUGCUGGCUGGAGGGUGGUCGACACGUGUCCGGGUGUGGUGAAAACCGAUGGCUCAUGUCCUGCUGUGUGUACGAGAAUGAACAAUCGAACGCCAUCAUUGCACCGAAGGUGGCGUAUGCCGGCCCAAUGGUUCCCGUUCCAAUCAUACAACCCAUUGUGCCGGUUAGCCGACCAAAUAUGAUUGUUCCAGCGCAAAGCUACGGCAUGAAGAAAAGCUUCUUUCAUCGACGCUCGGAUCAACUGAUGCAGAACGAAUGUGGCAUUCCGCAAACAUCUCAGAACACAUUGCAGAAGCGCAUCAUCGGUGGACGAACGGCCAACUUUGCAGAGUACCCAUGGCAAGCGCACAUUCGAAUAGCGGAAUAUCAGUGCGGUGGAGUACUCGUAUCCCGGCGGUUCGUAGCGACGGCUGCACACUGUAUACAGCAGGCCCGGUUAAAGGACAUUCUCAUCUAUCUCGGUGAGCUGGAUACGCAAAACUCGGGCAAAAUUGUUGAACCACUGCCAGCGGAAAAGCAUCGGGUUGAGUUGAAAAUCGUUCAUCCGAAGUUUAUCUUCCGUAUGACGCAACCCGAUCGGUACGAUCUGGCGCUACUCAAGCUUACCCGGCCGGCCGGCUACAAGUCCCACAUAUUGCCCAUCUGCUUGCCGAUGCGUCCGCUCGAGUUGGUUGGCCGGAAGGGUAUCAUUGCCGGAUGGGGUAAAACCAAUGCCAACAUGGGCCAAACAGGAACAAACAUCUUACGGACGGCGGCCGUUCCUAUCAUUAGUACAAAAGAAUGUUUGCGAUGGCAUAGUAGCAAAAAGAUCAACGUGGAGCUAUUCAAUGAGAUGUUCUGUGCCGGCCAUUCCGAUGGUCAUCAGGACGCUUGUUUGGGCGAUUCGGGUGGACCGCUGAUCAUCAACGAUCGUGGACGGUACACGCUGAUCGGUAUUACCAGUGCCGGAUUUGGCUGUGGUGUCGACCAUCAGCCCGGCAUCUACCACAAUGUGCAGAAAACAAUCAAAUGGAUACAGAGCGUUAUCUAUGCAGUGUGCGUGUGUUUCGAAACCGGUUACAUUCGAAGAGCUGUUAAAAAGGUGUUGUUGCAGCUAACGUGCGACCGGAAAGCUUGCCGAGUGCGGGUGUCCCAGGGACUCGCUAUGCGUUUCAGAUUUCCGCUGCGGCGAGUACAUCUCGGUUGGAUCCUGUUGCUGUCCGGCGUGUUUGCUGCCACUGUCACCGCAUCGGAACUCGCAACGGUCGCACGCAAUGGACGGCCGGUACGGGGCUUCACCAGUGCUAAUGCACGCUUCAACGAGGUACUGGACCGGGAAAAUUUGCGUUCCCUCAUCAGCCGGCAGCUACCGAAGCAGGGCCGAUUCUUCGAAGAGUUCGACGGAAUGAUACCACAAACAUGCCGGCAUAAGGGUCGCAAAUUCGAAUGCGGACUAUCGUUGUCCUGCGUGCUCGGUGGUGGCAAACCGCUUGAUCUCUGCUCGGGCGGUAUGAUCUGGUCCUGCUGCAUCGAUCGCGACUUUGCACCGGAAAGUGAUCCCGAGCAUGGUGCCGUCCACAACGCCAGUGACAUUAUAAACCUGUUCGGUUUCUAUCCACCCGCUUCAUCGUCGUCAUCGUCUUCCUCCUCCUCAUCAUCGUCGUCAUCCUCAUCAGUGCCGAACUCACCGACGUCACAUCAGAACCGACCGCAAACAACACAAACGACAUCACUGUAUUCUAGCGGUGGUUUCAACGCUCCACCCCACUACCAUGGCCACCAUCAAGUGAAUCCACAUCAGCAUCUUCCACCAUCCCACCAGCACCAUGCAACCGGUGCACCACCACCGGAAUGGGGCUUCGACGGAAAUCAACUCGGAAGCGGUUCGUCACCGUUUUCCCCGGGGAAGCCACCAUCAAUACAUGGUGGACAUACGGGUCGGCCACCAUCACCGUCACACUUUGGACCGAUCGAUGAGAACGAUCACGAUCGUCCGUUUAGCUUCGUUAACCGACCGACGGCCGGUUUGUUCGGUGGUGGUCCCAGCGGUUCCGGCUCCGGUGGACCGAUUCGACCACCGUCCGCUGUGUUCGGCUAUCCUGCGCAGGAGGACGAUGGAUAUGGCUUCGAGAACGGUUGUGGUGAGCUGUACACUCGUACCAAUCGUAUCGUCGGUGGCCAUUCGAGCGGUUUCGGUACGCAUCCUUGGCAGGCGGCCCUCAUCAAAUCUGGCUUUCUCACAAAGAAGCUUAGUUGCGGUGGCGCAUUGGUAUCUAAUCGUUGGGUCGUCACUGCCGCUCAUUGUGUUGCAACGACUCCAAACAACAAUCUUAAGGUGCGCCUCGGAGAGUGGGAUGUUAGAGAUCAGGAAGAACGGCUAACACAUGAGGAGUACUCGAUCGAACGGAAAGAAGUACAUCCCAACUAUUCACCGAGUGACUUCCGGAAUGAUAUAGCUUUGGUGAAGCUUGAUCGUAAGGUCGUAUUCCGACAACAUAUACUACCGGUCUGCUUACCACCCAAGAGCGUGAAGCUGGUGGGAAAAAUGGCAACCGUUGCAGGCUGGGGUCGAACACGGCACGGCCAGAGCACGGUUCCAUCGGUACUACAGGAGGUCGACGUGGAAGUGAUACCAAACGAACGAUGUCAACGAUGGUUCCGGGCGGCUGGGCGACGUGAAACUAUCCAUGACGUUUUCCUGUGCGCCGGCUACAAGGAAGGAGGUCGAGACAGCUGUCAGGGAGACUCCGGUGGACCGCUUACACUUUCGAUCGAGGGCCGCAAAACGCUUAUUGGGCUCGUCUCGUGGGGUAUUGGGUGCGGUAGAGAACAUUUGCCCGGUGUGUACACGAACAUCCAAAAGUUCGUACCCUGGAUCGAGAAGGUAAUGGGCAAGGAGUAUUAGGAGUAUUGAUUCUAGUACUCCACUAUUCAGACAUGACAACUCUCGACCGAUACGGGAACGCUCAGAACGGCGUAGCAGUGCAUUAGAUACCGGUUAGAAAUUAAGUUGAUAUUAACUGUAAGCUGUGUAGGAUGGUAAGCAGAACGCAAUGCGAAUAGUAAUUUAUUGAUAAAUUAUUUCAAACCCGUUUGUACAUGAUGCUUUUUUUCUAACAAAAAUGAUAUCUUUAGUCAAAUAAAACAAAAAACAGAUCGAGACUUUAAGUAAUGUGUUUUCUUCUGUUAGGCAAAUUGUGGAAAGAAAUUAUUGCAUUGGGAAAAGGCUACUGACUGAUGUGUGUAUGAUGUAAAGUACGAAUGAUGAAACCAUGAAGAUGUUCCUUAUUUUCCGUAUAUUUAUUGCAAAUAUAUCAAAACACACAUAUUCUUACGAAUAUGUAUUAUACACUUGAAAUCAAUUGGCAAGUGUGCCUGAAUAUUGUACAUACAGCGAAACAUUAUUUUUUCAAAAAAGCACUUUCAAAUAUAGCGUUAAAAAAUACCGAAAAACAGACAAAUCUGAAGUUGGCGUCUCCCGCUAACCGUCAUCAACCGUAAACCGUUUAUAACGUCAUUGUUAAAGAAAAAUCAACGCACCAGUAAUACACUCAUUAGGAAUACACAAACGUAUAUCAACAAAUUCUCAUUAAAAAACAUUAAUUUAUAAAUUUUACUAAAUUUCCCAAAAAAAAACCUAA